CGCAGGGCUGCGGGGAUCGGGCAGGCACUCGGGCACGGGGACACGGAGCUCUUGGGCACGGGGUCAGUGCAGGUCCUCUCCUCCCUUCCCCAGCGUGGCUGCAGUGCGUGCCCUGCUUUCUGCUCCCUGCACGGCCGGGCUGUCCUCGCUGCAAUGAAGCCGGGGCCAUGCCGAGCUCCACGCCGCUCUGCUGUGGCUGCUUUCAGCUCUCGGGCCCCUUUGUCCCGGGGCCUGGCCGCGUUCCCCUCUCAGCCAUUUCCUCGCAUUGUCCCGGCCCCGUGGAGUGCAAAUCCAGCAGGGCACGGGGGAAACGGCGCUUUCCUGCGAGCGCCCGCUCCCAGCGCGGGGCCGCAGCCUCCAUGCAGGCCGACCCCACUGGCUCCCACCCGAUGUCCCCCCUCGCCGUGUCCCUGCGCCCGCCUGUCACUGCACGGGUGACAGCUGGUUGCUGUGGUGACUGUUCCCAAAGCAGCACGGCACCCCUGCGUGCCCCCACAUGCGGAGCUGGGGAGGAGGGACCCCCCUGCCUAUCCCCACUGGGGACCCCUCGGCUCUGGCCCUACACAGGGUGUGGGGUGAAGGAGGGAUCCAGCUGGAGAAAUGGGUUUGUGGCUGUUUCUCCUGAUGGCACCUCAGGGCUUUGGCACGGCGUUCACUCUGAACCCUACUGAUGGACCGUGGUGUUUCCUGCUCUGCUGCUGGUGCUCUCUCUUGCAAUGCAGCCUUUCCCUGCACGCUGGGUGACCCCCCCCAGCUGCUUACCCACCCACCCCAACAGCUCCUGCAGCACUGCUGUCUGCUGUCAGUGCAAAAUCAGCUGACAGCGUGUGAAACGGGGAGGGUAAGGAGAGCCCAGAUCUGCCGGAGCUGUUCUUGCACAUUACAGCCCUGCAGGACGUGCAGGUGUGGGGUCGCGGUGUGGGCGCCCACCUAAAAGCCUGCAGCCUCCAUGGCCUCACCCCACGGCACAGCGUCCGUGGGGAUGUUCCUUCCCUUGGGCACACUCCAUCCCAUGCACUCUCUCCUGCUGUGGGGCACGCGGGCCUUCAGUGGGGCGCUGCUCUAUGGGAACGCUGUAUGGUGUCCGUGCACAGUGCUGCUGUGUCUCUGUGGGGCUGCUGGCCCGGCGGCUCCGAGUCCAGCAUGGGGCAAGGUGGGACAGGAGGCACUUUGCUGGUGGCUGCCAGCUCCCACCGCUUGCUAUUUUCUCUUCCUCUCCGCUCGUCGAGGAGCAGCGUGCACUCUGGCUCCGGCCCAUAGGGAAUGUCAUUGCGCCACGCGUUGUGCCGUGCCGCCGGGUCGGGGCUCUCGCUCAGAGCAUUGCGGAGCGUUGCCGGCACUGCGGCGCAGUGGAGUUUGGGUCACUGUUGGGAUCUCUCUCUGAGCUUCGAGGUUUCCAGCCCGCUGCACCAGGGCUGGAUGCUGCUGUGCCAGCGCCUGUUGCCAUGGCCGCUCGGCUAACGGUGCCUCUGCUGCUGCUGUUCCAUCGCUCCUGGGGUACCUCUGCAGUGCCGGAGCUCCCUGCUUGCUUCGGGAAGGCUUGAGAAGGGGAAUUUUGGCGGCAUCAUCUCACCAUAGCUUUGCCCCGAAUCGAAUCGGCUCUCGAUGGCUCUGUCGAACAUCUCCCUGUGGAUUCGGGGUGCCUGGGCAGUAGGUAAAUGCGGCUGCUGGCGUGGAGCGGGGUGGCUCAGAGAUGCUCAGGGCAGGCGCGUGUGUUGUGCCCCACAUCGGGCGGUCCUGGGGGAGAGCAAAGCCCGGUUCAUGCUUGAUGCCGGUCCUAAGGUGGGAGCAAACUCCCUGUGACUACAGCCCCCGACCUCACACCGCCAUCAGCACAUCGGCCUGAGCCUGAACGCUUGCUUACGCUCUCUGCGAACCGUCCCCGACGUCGCGGUGCUGCUGCGUGGCCAUGCACACAGAUGCUGCCCUGGCCCUGGGGUUUGGGGCAGAGCUGUCCCCAGGUGGGACAGGACCCUGGGAGACAUCAUGCCUCCUUUGGGUGACCCUGGCAGCUGUGCCUCGGUUUCCCCCCAGCAGUGAGGCAUGCAUCAGGGAUGCGUGAUGGAGCUGAGUGCCCUCGGGAGUCCAGAGGGAUGGUGCUGCUGGCUCCUUGUGCCACACGGCAGAGCCACGGCGUGAUGCUCAACACUCCGAGCACCCGCUCCCGAGGAGCACCACCCAAAGCACCGCGGCGUUACGUUCGCUCCUGCAUGCAACCUGAGCUAUGCAUGCACCGUGCCCGGGUGGCCCAAGGGGUGUUCCUCGUGCAGGCGGGGUGGCACGGUGUCAGAGCCCAGGGAUAGCUGUGGGCUCCCCCCCCCAUGCUGCCCAGCUGUGCUUCCGCUUUGCUCAAGGGCGGCUCCAGGUUUCAGUGCUGCCGUUUGCCCGCUGGGCUCCAGCCGGCGUGGUGGGCCCCCAGGGGUGCUGAGGCGGCCAGGGCGGAGCCACCUCUAACCUGGACUUGGAGAGCAAGAAGGCCGCCCCCGCCAAGCUGUCAUGGCAGCAGCCGGUGAACGUCUUCCUGGCCGCCGGCCGCCCGCCCGGCAUGGAGCAGCUGCACCAGGAGGCUCAGCUCAACCUGCAGAGCCUGCUGCAAGAGGAGUAUGAGGAGCAGUACGCCGAGAGCAGGGUGACCGGGCAGACCUUCCGCGCCGCCGGCCACCCAUCUCCCAGCACCCCCCCGGAGCCCUCGCCCCGGCCCCUGCCUUCCAAGCGCCUCGAGUUUGUGCUUAUGCCCCCGAGCCGGCGAGCCGACGAGGAGGAGAGCAGCAGUGCCAGCACGCUGGGCGUGAGGCCCCCCGACACCUCCCUGAGCCUCCCCACCACGCCUGACAAGCAGACAGCCUGGCCCAGGGCCUUCCCCCUGCCCACUGUGGAGGAGAAGCAGUGGCCCCAGUCCUGCUCUGUGCAGACCAACGUGGUCCCUAUCAAUGUCUCGGGGCAGCACUUUGCUAGGCACGCGAGUGCUCGUCACUCCCUGUUUAACACAGAGACCGCGAUGAACCCCAAGUCCACCCUGCGGCGUAGACGGACCGUUAUCGGAUUCCCUAACAUGUCCCUGCGAGACCAAGGCAGCGCCAACGGCCCUGCGCACACCUCGCACCCGCCCAUCGCCGAGUCCCUGUCCUGCAGCUUUGAGGUCACAAGUGGGAGGAAGCCCUCCCAGGAGACCAGCCCCCACCAGCCGCUCUCUGCCCCACUGAGGAAGACCUUCAGUGACCUCGGAGGCACGCUGCAGGCGCGCUGCUGCCCUCCACCAUCCUCCAUGGACAACGUGUCCGCCCCUGGCACCUGCAACGGGCCGCAGGGCUCCUCUUAUCCCCCACCCUGGGGUGCCAACUCCUUUGGAUACACCACCCCCCCCAGCCCUGCUGCUGGCCAGGAGGUCUCACCGGGCAGCUCCGCCAUGGGCUCACCUGCCGGCACCGAGCGGGCCGCCUCCUUCUUCAUUGCCCAAGAGGAGCGUGCAGGGAGCACUGGGCCCAGCUCCUUCUCUGCCGCAACGCCUGAGUCUCCUUCUGGCUCCGGGGGAAUCCGGAGAUGUGAUGGCCAAGAAGCCAGGGUGAACUUUUCACCCACAAGCAAAGAGCCGGAGCCAGCACCAGAGCCGUCGCGCCUGGGGGUGGAGCGGGGAGGGUGCCGCUUCCGCGAGCGCUCGCUGUCGGUGCCCACCGACUCGGGGUCCCUCUGCUCCGUGGACAUUGCCUACGCCGAAGCCCGGCGGGGCAGCACCAACUGCGCCCUGGGCUACCCCAGCGCCGGCUCUGAGGGCAGCACCAGCACCGAUAACAUCUCGCUGGGGCCAGAGCUGGAUGGGCAGCGGCGGCGGCGCUCCAAGAGCAUCUCCCUCAAGAAGGCCAAGAAGAAGCCCUCGCCGCCCACCCGCAGCGUCUCUCUGAUCAAGGAUGGGCAGGACAGCCCGGCCGCUCUGGGGUUGCCCCACGAUCAGAGACCCAAGAGCCUGUGCAUCCCUCUGGACACUGCUGGGCACCGGGUGGUGCACGCGGACCCCCAGGGCAGGGAGCCCGACAGCCCGGCUGCCCCCCACCAGUGGUACCUGGCAAACUGGAAGAGUGGUGAGCCCUAUCGGUCCCUCUCCGGCUCCAGCACAGCCACAGGGACCACGGCCAUUGAGUGCGUGAAGGCACGGGGCAGCUCGGAGUCCCUCAUGUCCCCCUCUAUCUCCAGGGCCACGACACCCUCCCAGCUCUCAGCAGAGGCUGACCUCAAAACCUCCUCCCCGGGCAGGCCCACAGGGCUGAUGUCCCCAUCCAGCGGGUACUCCAGCCAGUCAGAGACCCCCACACCCACCGUCCCCACCUCAGCCAUCCUCGGGCACUCACCGCACCAGGUGCGGGUGAGGCCGCUGGUUCCCGAGAGGAAGUCCUCGCUGCCCCCCACGUCCCCCAUGGAGCGGAGCCCCAAGUCCAGGCUGUCCUUCGAGCUGCCACUCACGCCACCCGCCCACCUCGACCUCUCGGGGCUGAAGAUCUCCCUGAAGGGGAAGACGAAGGUCAGCCGGCACCACUCCGACUCCACCUUUGGCACCAAGCUGGCCCAGAAGACCAGCCCCAUCCAGCCCAUCAUGCCUGUGGUCACGCAGUCCGACCUGCGCUCUGUCCGCCUGCGCUCCAUCAGCCGCUCCGAGCCAGAGGACAACACUGAUGGCCCAGAGCAUGCUGAGGAACCACCACGCGUCCCCUGCCCGGGGCCAGAGAGGAAGGUGAAGCCACCGGUAGCAGAGAAGCCACCGUUGGCCAAGCGGCCCCCAUGCAUCCUGCCCAAGCCCAUGGCCCUGAGGGAGGAGGGCCCCCUGUCCCCCACGUCCCCGCCGAGCAUCGCCACCAAAGACAGCUUAGUGCUGCGGAAAGGGGAUCCGUGGAGGGGCCCGGGGCAGCCCCGGCGGCUCUCGCAGGGCAGCCUGGAGGACAAGCCGCGGUCAGAGGCAGAGCGGAGGAAGGCCAAGGUGCCGCCGCCGGUGCCCAAGAAGCCCAGCGUGCUCUACCUGCCACUCACCCCGGCCCCGGUGCAGCAUGUGGGGGGUGUGGGGGACCCAGCGCCCACCCCCAGCCCCAUCAUCACGCUGGAUGCAGAACCCAGCUGCUGCCAACCUGACACUGAUGGCCCAACACCCACUGAGGUCCCAGGCACUGCUCAAGCUUCCGAGACCCCCUCGGAGCAAGGCAGCUCGUCUGAGGCUGGCACAGAGGAGAAGAGCUUCGCCAGUGACAAGACGGCCGACUCCAUCGCUGAGGAAGAUGACGAUGUCUUCAUGGCAUCCCGCACCACAGAGGAUCUCUUCACCGUCAUCCACAGGUCCAAGAGGAAGGUUCUGGGGCGGAAGGAGCCUGGAGACAGCUUUAGCAGCCGGCCCAAUUCCCACUCUCCUGUGAAGACAUCAGGCUCACCAACCAGCGAGUCCCCUGCAGCAGCAGUGAGCACCGGGAAGUCCUCCAGCAGGAAUGAAGAUUUUAAGGCUCUGCUCCAGAAGAAGAGCAGUAAAACCAGCAGCGGUACCCGGCCAUCUGCGGCUGAACUGCUCAAGACCACAAACCCACUGGCUCGAAGGGUCAUGAUGGAGUUCGCCCCUGAGCUAGAUGGUGCGAACAGCCAGCCCUAACCUUGCACAGAGCCUUCUGGCCACAAAGGGCUCAGGUCGGUGCAGAGGGAGCUGUGCUGCGGGCAGUAGCUUUAGGCACUCAGGUCACUGCAGAAGGGAUGUCCCGGCUGCCCCGCUGGGGCUUCUUUCGUGCUUUCAUUUCUUCCUUGGCAAAUCCUCUUUGGUUCCUCUCCAGUGGGAGAGCUGCCAGCAGAGAAGCAGCGUUGGGACCUGAGGGCCCCAUGUCCCUGGUGAGCUGCUGGCAGGAGGGGAGAGGCAGACGUGCAGCACCGCAGUGGGGGCCAGGACCUGGCAGCUCCCACGCUGCUGGGACAGCGGCUCCUGCCGCUCCUCGGGAACACGGCAGCACUGCGGCUCCGGGCACCCUCCAGCACCCGCAGCGAAGCUAGCUUGAAACUGUUUGGUCACUCGGCAUGUGGUACUUUAAAUAGCUUUUUCUAAUGCACAAUGGUGAUGAUGUUUUAUUCUCUUUCAUUUGACGUUGUGCCAUCAGUUUCCCAGGCAAAGGUCCCAGGUUUCGAGUUCAGCUGGAAACACGGAGAUUUACUUUGGGGCCGCUUGGACAGGAGGUUGCUUUGGAAGAGCCACAGACCAUUCCUGCUCGUUGUCCAAAGCAUCCUCCCUGCUGCACGGGGAGCAGGCGCCUGCUGUCUGCAGCCUGUGCAGUGACCUCAGGCCCCUCGAAAGCCCCUGACAAUGCUGCAUUCCAGAGAGCUCUUCAGCCCUCAAUGCAAACACAGACCUUCCCUCCCUGCCUCUGCCAUCGGACUGAAGUGUCCUGCAGAAGUGGGGCGGUCUUGUGCCUCCUGCAGACAUCUACAGCCUCCAUUGAUGGAGUUCCUACAGCUGCUGGCCAAACCCAGCCAGCGGCUGGGAUGGAGGGCUGUACUCUGACUCCGGCAGCUUCCCAGUUUCUGCGCCUGGGGUUCACCCCACUGCUGUCCCCAUGCUGCUGGCGCUGUUGCCAUUCCCCUGGCACAAGCUGGACCCCACAGACUGUGCACCGGGGCUGCAGCAGAGGCCACAGUGAGGAGUGGUGGGGCAGGGACAGCCAGGGGAUGGGAGCUGAGCUGAAACACCAUCUCUCUUCUUCCUUGGGGCAAGAAAGGGCCAGACAGCAACUAGCAGAGAAACAGGGUGCUAGGAAAGUUUGUGCUUUAUUUUUUUGCAUAUUUCUGCCAGCUCCCGUGUACCGCAGCCUCCCUGCAGUGGGGCAGAGCAAUGUGGCCAGGGCCGAGCAGCAGUGGGGGCACAGCCCCGGGGGCCAGGGGUGGUCUGGGGGUCCUGUGCCCUCCCAGGGAGCACGGCCCCUGUGGACACGCCCCGUGCUGGAUCUGACCCUCAGAGUGGCUCUGCUGUCCUCGCUUGCUUGUUUUUAACCCCUCCUGUUACUCGCACUUGCUCCCUUCCCUCUCAUGGGAUGGCAGAUUUCAGCGUGACAUUAGGAUCUAGGCUGAGAAACUCAGGAAAAGAAAAGAAGGAAUUUAAAAAAAAGAAAAAAGGGAAAAAAAAAAAAACAACAACUCUAACAUAUCUCCGUGGUUCAUCCGGACCCUGCGGCACCCACGGAGGUGGAAGAGAGGAGAAGCCCGCAGGCAACCGCCCACACAAGCCUGGCCGGCAGGGCCACCCCGAACACGCCCAGGGAGCGGGGCAGGCCUAGGCCUUGGGGG